UUUUGAAAAUAGAAUCAAUAAUAUUGCAUGUUUAUAUAACAGCUGACAAAUAGUGACAACUAUUAAUAACAAUACAAUUUUUCUUAAUUAUGGUUCCUUUUUUAUUAUCUAAUGUGCCAAAAUUAAUCUUGUCAUUUUUUUAAUACUAAAUUUGUUCAAUAAAUAACCAUAAUGCUACAGAGCAUUAUUGUAAAAUUAUAUAUACGAAUAUAAGAUUAUAUAUAGCCUAUUAAAAUUUUGUUUAUUAUAUAAAUUCUUUAUUAUAUAAGUUAAUUGAAUGUUAUCAUAAUUACCAUAUUUUAAUACAAAUUUUGUUUGUAUAAUUAACAAAAUAUACAUAUUUAUACAUAUUUAUGUACAUAAUACGUACAUUAACAUUGUAAAACAAUGGAAAAAAAAAACAAGUGUCUAAACAUGUGGUGAUAAUACUAUAUUAUUAAAAGAAAAAGAGUACAAAACAAUUACUAAUUGAAUAUUAAAUCAUUUACUACAUGCUUUAACUGCAUAUAAUUUGCAGUGUACCAAGUAUGUAAGUAUGAAUAUGUAAAAUAUAUAAUAUUGUUGUUAUUAAUAUGAUUUUAUAUUGAUAAAAUGGUAAUUAUGUGAAAUAAAAAUAUUGUAAAAUACAAAUAAUGUGUUUUAUUAUAUAAAAUUUGAAUAAAUUAGCAUUUAUUUAUUCACAAAAAUAAUAAUAAAAAAUAAUUAAUAGUACAUUUACAAAUAGACAUGUGUAAAUACUAAUGUAAGAGCCAUCUAUCGUUUGAGGUCAAUGAUACCUCAUAGUAACUAUAGUAACAAUACCAAACAAAUUGAUAACAAGGACUAUAACAGAUGAGAAUCUUUUUAUAGAGCUAGCUAAUCUAUAUAUUAUUCCAUUAAUAAUCAAAACUAAUACGAUAUAUAAAAUAUAAUGUAGAGUGAUACAAAUUAUAUAUACAAUUAUCUAUACUACUGUUUAAUAUGAUAUAACAUUUAUAACGUUGUUUGUUUUGCUUUUUUGGCAUUAUGUGUAUAAAAUAAUGUAUAUGAUCAAUUUCGUGGAAUUAAAAAUACAGUGAAAAAUUAUGAACUGGAUAAAUUGAAAUUUUAAUAUCAAUUUUUAAAUAAACGAUUUAUUUUAAUACAAGGUAAUAAAUUUUGUGGAAAAUGGAUCAAAGUGAAAGUAAUAUUACAGGAAACAAUACACUUUUAUCUACUAAUAUAUUAAAAAAGCUACCAUCAUGGUUGGUAGAAAUGACUGAGAAUGUAAAAAGAUUAAAUGUAAUUGAUGAUUAUAAAACAUUGCAAAUAGAAAAACAUUUAAUGCACAAAGAACAUAGAUUUGAACAAACUUCUUUAGAAGAUGAUACAUCUGUUUUAAAGAAAGAUAUUGAUAAUUUAUAUAGGCAGUCUUGCAAACCAUUUUUUACAUUAAACAAGACAAAAGAUAUCGAUGGUGAUAUUUUAUUACAAUCAUGCACUAGUAAAUCUCUCCCUAAUACUCCAAAUCAUGUAAAGGUCAAUAUAAAGGAUACUUCAACUCGUGCUUUUUCUGCUAUUGUUGAUUCAAAUGAUCAAACUUCUACUAAAAAAGAUUUUAGUGCACUUGAUGAAUAUAUGGAGAAAAAAAGACUAGAGAAAGUAUAUAACAAUACAAAAUCUAUGAGAUUUAAAAACAAUGAGAAUUAUAACUGUGAACUACGAACUCUUGAUGAUUUUGAGAAACGAAAUCAAGAUUAUUUUCAGUCAGAUAUAUUAAAUAAAGGAUAUAAAAUGGACAAUGAACUGUUAACACAACAAAAAUAUGAAACUUAUUCUAAACAUAAAAUUAAUGUAAGGAAACAAGAUCCUAAAAAUAAUUUGCCACGUGGAAUCAUAAAGAGAAGAUUAGAUUAUUUAUCUGGUUUAGCACCAAAAGAAGAAACUAUUACAGAUGGAAUAAGAACAGUAUCAAAUGCAAUAUAUCAUACUGAUACAAACAAUAGUGAACUAACAAGAAAGAAUCAUAAUAAAUUUGUUUCUUCAAUAGAAAUUGGCCAGAAUAGUAGUAACAGUUCAAAAGAAACAUUUGCAGAUAAAAGUGUGCAUAAUUAUAAAUCUAGUAUUCAACAAAAUGAAAAACAUCCAAUUCAAGAUUAUAGAUCAGAUAGUUGCAGAAAUUUUAUUGUACCGGAACUUCCUUGUGGUAAAAUAUUAAUCAUUGAUAUACUCAGUACUUGGGGAGAUAAACAUUAUGUAGGUCUUAAUGGAAUUGAAAUAUUUUCAGAUACAGGUCAACUUGUAUCCAUAAAUAAGAUAUCAGAAAAUCCAUCAAAUAUAAAUCAAUUAUCAGAACAUAAUGAUCUUCGUAUUAUUAAUAAUCUUAUUAAUGGAGUAAAUAGAACAAGAGAUGAUGCUAAUUUAUGGCUUAUCCCAUUUACAGAAGGAAAUCAUCAUUACAUUCAUAUGAUUUUUCAGGAUAUUGUAACAAUUGCUAUGAUUAGAAUAUGGAAUUAUAAUAAAUCUAGAAUACACUCAUAUAGAGGUGUUAAAGAUAUCACUAUUACAUUGGACGAUACACUUAUUUUUUAUGGAGAAAUUGCUAGAGCAUCUGGUGACUUACAAGGCACUCUUAAUUCUUUUGGAGAUACAAUUUUAUUUACCACUGAUGAAAAUAUCUUAGAAAUGAUAUCAACAAAUGAUGAAAUGUUUACAAUUACUAAUAACAAUAUGCUUAAUUAUGCACAAAAGGAAAAAGAGAGACCGGCAACAGUAACGACUAAUUCCAAUAUAACAUUUGGAAGACGUAAAAGUGAUUGUUCAGUUGGAAAUCGUUCAAAUGUAUCUAGUGGUAGUGAACAUAAUACAUUAUCCCUUGCCUGUAAAGAAAUUCAAUUAAUUAUUCUUUCAAAUUGGGGUGCUGCUGGAAUAGUAGGUCUUAAUGGGAUAGAAUUCAUUGGAGACCAAAAUUUAAUUUUGUCAACAACUCAUGCUAACUUAAAAUGUAACUUAGAUAAUAUAAAUCUUUUAAGAUUGAUUGAUGGAUACAAUAUAACAACUGAUAAAGAUCAUAUGUGGUUAAUAGAUUAUAUAAAUGAAAAUGAAGAAAUUAUUAUAACAAUUACAUUUGACAAAGAGGUAUAUAUUACUGGCAUGAGAUUCUGGAAUUAUAAUGCCUCUCUGGAGUUGUCAUAUUGUGGUGUAAAACAUUUAUUUAUAAAAUUGGAUGGAAAAUCAAUAUUUGAAGAAGAUUGCGAUAGCUUUUUAUUGAGAAGAGCUCCAGGAAAUUGUCAUUAUAAUUUUGUACAAGAAAUAAGUUUUAUUUGUCAUUUGGACAACGAAUUAACAUUAUCAAAAGAGUUUAAUACAACUUUAACUUUGUCCCAAGAGGAAACUAUUCCAUUUAAUAAAGAUUAUGAAGUACCCUUAAUGCCACAAGGUUUUGUAUAUCAAAUAAUGAUAUUUUCAAGUUGGGGUGAUUCUUAUUAUGUGGGUCUUAAUGGCAUUGAAUUUAUUGAUAUUAAUGGUCAUCAAAUCAAAUUAAACAGAGAUAAUAUAGGAGCUUAUCCAGAAAGUGUAAAUAUACUAGAAGGAAUUGAUAAUGAUGUAAGAACACCAGAUAAAUUGAUAGAUGGUGUGAAUGAUACUGAUGAUGGUCAACAUUCAUGGCUUGCACCAAUUUUGCCUGGAGAAACAAAUCGUAUUUAUGUCAUAUUUUCUUAUCCUACAACUGUAAGUGCCAUAAAAUUAUGGAAUUAUGGAAAAACUAAGUCAAGAAGAAUAAAAGAAUUUGCAAUAUUGGUGGAUGAUAUAUUAGUUUAUAACGGAAUGCUGAGUAAAAAUAAUACACAUGAAAUAAUACAAUUUUUUAAUAGUGAAAAUACAAACAAUAUUGAGUCAUCUUUAACUAGCUCGGAACAAGAAAGAUAUAUUGCAUGUUUACGAAGAGCUACUUCUGGUAUAAAUUCUUUGCCAGAUCCAAAUCUUAGACCUUAUACAUCUUUAAUACAAACAACUAAAAAAACUAAUUUUUAAGAAAUUAAUAUAAUAUAUAAUUUAUAAUUGAAUUUACUCAUGCCAAUUGAAAUUAUACUUUGUUUUAUACUUUAUAAUAUAUAUAAUGAAGUGAUCUAAUAUAAUACAAACCAAAGGUUAAUAUCAUGAACCUAUAGUAAUUUCAAAGUUCUUUAAAAUGGUCUUUUAUCUUUUAUAAUUUGGUUUAAUUCGAGGUUUAUUGAGAUGUCUUUUUAUACUUGAAACAUA